UCAAUUUUCAUCCAGAUCAGUUGCGGUGCGGCAGUCGAUCAGAAAACUUCCAUUUCUUUAGAAUGUUGUUCGCGUUGUUGGCUACCGGUGCCAUUUUGAGCCUUGCGGUUAUCUGGUCCAUAGUGCAGAAGAACCGUUUCGCGCAAAACGUCCCUACAAUAGAACCGUGGUAUCCGGUGGUGGGAAAUGGUUUGCUAUUUUUCGGAAAGAAUGAUAUUAAGAAGUUUCACAAACUAAGAAAGGCAUUCGAUCGAAAAGAUGCGCUGUUUCGGUUAUAUUUAGGACCUAGAAUGCUACUUUGCACAAGUGAUCCCACUGUGGCCCAGGCCAUCAUGACCGAUGCCAACUGUAUGGAAAAGCCGUACGUUUACAAGUUCUUCAAUCUCAACGAAGGAGUGUUCGCGGCUAAAACCCACAUUUGGAAAGGACAAAGGAAGGCGCUAAAUCCUGCAUUCAAUUCGAAAAUUCUGGAAAGCUUCGUGUCAAUCUUUUGUGAAGUAAGCAAAACGAUGAUCCAGCGAUUGGAUACCGUUGGAAAAGGAGACACCAUCAACAUUAUGGAGCAUGCUUCUAGGUGCACGUUGGAAAUGGUUUGCUCAACAACGCUCGGAUUCAAUGUCGACAUUUUCGACCAAAUCGAUGAUAUGGGUCAUAAAAUUGAACAGUUCUUCUACAUUGCAGCUAGAAGAAUUUUAAAAUUUUACCUUCAUGUAGAUAGCAUAUAUCGUUGGACAAAGGAUUACAAGGAUGAGCAAACUCUACGUGAAAAUCUGGACGUUUACGGAAUGCAGAUCUACGAUGAUGCAAACAAUCGAUUCUCGAAAGGAUCAAUGAAUGAUGAAACCGAUGACGAUAAGACCGAAGGUUUCCGAAAACCUCAAAUAUUCGUGAAUCAAAUAUUUACCAAUACCAUCAGGAAGUUUGAACGACAGGAAAUUAUCGACAAUAUUAUCACAAUAGUCGGCGCUGGAACAGACACCUCGGCCACCGCAAUAGCCUUCACCUUCCUGCAAUUGGCAAUGUAUCAAGAGCAUCAGCAGAAAGUGUAUGAAGAAAUUGUGAAAGUGUUUCCAGAAUCUGAGCCACACAUUACCACGGAAGCUCUGAAAAAACUUCAGUACACGAAAAUGGUGCUGAACGAAUGCCUCCGGCUGUACCCAGUAGCGCCGAUCUUGCUGCGUGAGAACACGGCCGACAUAACGCUUUGCGGAGGAGUGCGAGUACCCAAAGGGAACAUUUUAACAAUUGAUGUCUAUAACAUACAUCGUCGGAAGGAUGUAUGGGGACCAGAUGCCGACGAGUUCAUCCCGGAGCGUUUUUCACCGGAACGAUCGGCCGGUAGGCACCCGUUUGCGUUCUUGACUUUCAGUGGAGGAUCUCGCAACUGUAUAGGUUCUCGCUAUGCGAUGAUCAGUAUGAAGAUAAUGAUGGUAUACCUGUUGAAGAAUUUCCGUUUCAAAACCAAAAUCCGAGAGGAAGACAUUCGGUACAAGUUUGACGCACUAUUGCGCAUAGAAGGAGGCCAUCUAGUCCAAAUAGAAAAACGGGCAUGAUGUGAUGACUAUAUCAAAUGUAUCUGUUGGAAAUGGUAAUAUUUGAGUGGAGACAAUGAGAAUAUCUUAAAUAAACUUCGCGUGUAGAUUUCGUUAACAAUUUUAAAAUGAAGUAAAAAACCUAACGUUGCAUAAAAUAACAUAAACCUAUGACAUUUUUAUUAUUAUUAUUUUAUUUUAUCUUUAUUAGAGAGAUUUUUAGCCAGAGGCUGAUUCAUCAUUUUUUUAUUAGUUAAACAGCAAUGGUUUAGGAUUUUAACACAUUCCAAUCAAUAUACCGGAUACAAAGA